GGGGGCUCCUGAGGGGGCUGGGGUGGGUUUCAGGAGACGGGAUGGGAAUGCAGGGGGUUCCCGGCUGGCCGGGAACUGUUCGAGUGGCUCCUCAGGGGGCAGCAGUGGGUUUCAGGAAACUGUGGGGAUGAAUCCAUUGGGCUCCUGGGGAUCCGGGAGCUGUUCGAGGGAGCUGCGGUGGGUUUCAGGAGACUGGGGAUGAAUGCAGUGGGCUGCUGGGAGCAGGCUGCUUUAGGAUGCUGGGAAUAAGCCUCCGUAUGGGGCCUUUUGGAGCUCUUGAAGGGCUGGGUGGGUCCGAGGGUCUGGGAGUUGUUCGUGGGAGCUGCCCUGUCCCACAUGCCAGGUGGUGCUGCAGGUCCCGGUGCUGUUCGAGGAUGUGGCAGUGCGGUUCAGCCGGCAGGAGUGGGCAAGCCUGGACGAGGGACAGAAGGAAAUGUACCGGAGCGUCAUGGAAGGCAACUACGAGAUGCUGGUGUCCCUGUAUUGUGCCCUGUCCAAGCCUGAGCUGUUAUUACAGCUGGAAAGAGAAGAGCUGAGCACGCCACCAGAAUCGGAGCCAGAGGCAGCAGAGGUGUCCCCAGAGCUGGCUGCAGAGCCGACCCAACAGAACUGCACCAGCGAUGACACACUGCUGGAGACAGAGACAAUGGAGAGGGGCUGCAGGGAGCCAGAGGAAAGUGGGAAUGUGGCAGAGGAAAGCAAGAACCUGGUGGAGGAAAGCAGGAGCCCAGUGGAGAUAAGUGGGAACCUGACUGAAGAAAGUGAGAACCUGGUGGAGGAAAACAGGAGCCCAGCAGAGGAAAACAGGAGCCCAGCAGAGGAAAACAGAAGCCUGGCAAAGGAAAGUGGGAACCUGGCAGAGGAAAGUGGGAACCUGGCAGAGGAAAGUGGGAAGCUGAUGGAGGAGAGCAGGAGCCCAGUGGUCGCAGAGAACUGCAGCAAACCACCCAUCCCUCUGGAAGCCGCUGCUGUCCUGGCGGAUCUCAGCCAGCUGUCCCCUCCCCGCCCGCUCUCCGUGCGCUGUCGGGAAGCCGUGGGUCAGAACUGUUCUCCCCCUGCAGCAGGAGAUGCUGAGGCGGCGAUCCCAAUGGAGGUGCUGCAGGAGAAAGUUGCUGCAGAGAAGCCACCAAUGCCCAAAACACCCUCUAAGGGUCCUGAAGAGGAUGAGGGUCCGGAAAAGGAGACUGUGAAAGAUUCAGGGAAUACCAGCCAAGAUCUGGUGGCCAACAUUCCUGAAGAACCAGGAGAGAAGGUGACACCAGAUGUCCACAGAACAACGGAACAGGCGGAUCCCAGCCCCGGGGAGCCAAAGAAGGAUUCCUGCGUGGGCCGGCCGGCAGCCUGUCAGCGAAAUGCCGCCCGGGAGUUUUACUCCUGCCCCAUCUGCAGGAAAACCUUCCUGCUGAAGAUCAAUCUCCUGAUCCACCAGCGUGGCCACACCAACUGGGUGCCCUAUGUCUGCGUCCACUGCGACCGCAAGUUCAUGUCUAAGAAGAAAAUCAGGCGGCACCUCCGUGCCUGGGCAGUCAACGGCACCUGCCAGCCCUCGGAUGCAAAGGUGUGUCCCAGCCAGGGGCCGUGCCAGGGGCCGUGCCCGACAUCCCAGCCCCAAAAAUGGGCACCCAAUGGCUCCUGCCAGCCCUCAGAUGCAAAGGUGUGUCCCAGCCAGGGGCCGUGCCCAGCAUCCCAGUGCCCAACAUCCCAGCCCCAAAAUUGGGCACCUAAUGGCUCGUGCCAGCCCUUGGAUGCAAAGGCGUGUCCCAGCCAGGGGACGCCGUGCCCAACAUCCCAGCCCCAAGCCUGGGCACCCAAUGGCUCUUGCCAGCCCUCAAAUACAAAGGCGUGUCCCAGCCAGGGGCCAUCCCAACCCCAAGCCUGGGCAGCCAACGGGACUUGCCAGCCCUCGGAUGCGAAGGUGUGUCCCAGCCAGGGGCCGUGCCCGACGUCCCAGUGUCCAACAUCCCAGCCCCCAGCCUGGGCACCCAAUGGCACCUGCCAGCCCUCGGAUGCGAAGGCGUUUCCGAACCAAGGGCUGUGCCCAGCAUUCCUGCCCCAAACCUGGGCAGCCAAUGGCACCUGCCAGGCCUCGAAGCCGGAGGAGUGUCCCAGCCAGACCCUGUGCCCGUCCUCCCAGCCCCAAGCCCCGGGCAGGGACUGUGGCACCGUGUGGCAGGAGCCUGGCCCUGCCAGGUGCUCACUGUCCUCUGGAAAAAUGAUGUACACAUGCAACGAGUGCCUGGAAACCUUCUCCAGCCAGGGCUUCCUGACGGUGCACCAGCGCCGGCACUCGGGCCACCACCUCAUCCUGUGUCCUUGCUGCAACCGCAGCUUCACCUGGGUCUCGGACUUUGUCCGGCAGCACUGGACGCACAUGGGUGUCCGGCCCCACCAGUGUGGCAUCUGCCAGAAGACCUUCAAGAGGUUCUCCCACCUCAAGGCUCACCAGAGGAUCCACAGGCGGCAGGAGCGGCCGUUCACCUGCGCUAACCCGGUGCCCAUGGUGGCGGCACCCGCAGCAGGAGACGGGGUGGGAAACCAGGACGUGACCCCCCAGGGCUGGGGCGCUGCUGUCAGACCUUGA